CAACUUGAUCAACACGACAUUCAGUUCAAGAGUUCAGGUUGAGAAGAACAAAAUUAAAAAAAAAACCAGUGCAAUGUUUAGUCUGAUCAAGUUACUCUCGGUUUUAGCAUUGAUUUGCAUUGUCCCUAUCAGUAAUGCUAGGCGUAAGGGCAAGGUGAAGCAUGGCCCUUCAGGCAUGAAUGUGAAUGAGUCAACAACUUGCAAGGAGUUCGCGAAGUACGCGAGGUUCAACCCGUACUCAGUACUGGAUCAAGAGUGGUUCGUUUUCUACUACUGGGGUCCUCCGAAGACUAUUGAAACUUUAGUGUUCACUUUUCCAUCGGCAAAUCAUUCCAAGCAUUUGCACAAAAUGUUCGAUGGGAACACAAUUUUGCCUAUCAAUUGGAAGGCACGACACAUACUUAUGGAAAAUCAUAAAAAAGAAAUCACGCUACUGGUGGAGCGAGGAGACAGAGGCCAGUACUGGGGAUUUAUCCUUCAAAAAGCUCGUAAAGGUCAGAAGAUAAGGCCUCGCGAUCUUCGCUUAAAGCAGAUUGGUGACAAUCAAAUUAUUGGUCUCAUGGAUUGUGAUAGAGACAGUGUUCUUGCUAUGUGUAAGAUUCAAGAAGUACCACCGAAAAACAGACUACAAGAUGAAGCCGCAAGGUUAGGUUAUCGGGGUCGACGAGGCAAGUCUUAUCUAUAUGAAGGACACGAGUGGAUGCCUAUCCCAGAAGCGGAUGAAAAACACUUUUGGGCGCCAAAACCAAAAGAGAAAACUUCUCAGGAAUCGUCUAAAGAAAUAGAAAGUACUAGUAAAGAAAAACUGGACUCAGAGGAGUCAGAGGAAUCCUUGAACUUUCCAAAAGACCAACUAAAGGAAAACGCAGACGCGCCAAAUCAAGAGCCGGUAGAUAAUAAGGAAAACAAUAAUCAAAAUAGAAGUAGUCAUACAAGCAAUAAUCAAACGUCCAACAAUCAGACCAGCAAUGAUCAGACAUUCAACAAUCAGACCAGCAAUGAUCAGACAAGCAACAAUCAGACGAGCUAUGAUCAGACAGGCAACAAUCAGACCAGCAAUGAUCAGACAUUCAACAAUCAGACCAGCAAUGAUCAAACAAGCAACAAUCAGACCAGCAAUGAUCAGACAAGCAACAAUCAGACUAGCAAUAAUCAGACUAACAAUGCCCAGACAAGCAAUGAUCAGACAAACAACAAUCUGACGCGCAACUUGCAGGUGACGGACAAUGAAAUGGACAAUAAUCAGACGAUCAAUAAUCUAGCAACUGAAGAAAUUAACAACAAAACUAUAAUCGAAGAAUCAGAAGAGAGCAAUGAGGUUCCUAUUGAUGACUCCACAGACGAACCAGAUUACUCUUUAACGAUGGACGAAAAAAUUGUUCUAAAUAAGAAACUUAACCCCCGAACCAUUACUGAACCUGAGGUUGAUACGGAGGAUUCAGAAUUGGAACUAUUAACCACACCAGAACCAUAUACAUCGCAAUCAAGUAAGAAAAUAUCAGAUGAAGGGGAAGACGACUGCAAGCAAUGUUUUACUCUAAAACCUAGACAAAGAGAAGUUAAGAAAGCAAGCCCUGAAAUUCCAGAUCAGACUUUGAAAGAUCCUACGAAUACACUAUCAAUGGAAACAAAGCCAAGCUCGGGAAGUUUUGAAAUAAAUUACGGAAAAGUUGAUGAUGACAGCAAAAAGGAUUCAAGUGUGGAUAAUAAUGAGGUUUGAUUAACUAAUGACGAAUUUGACGGCGAUUUUAUAGCAAAGUGUGUUUUUAAAGAUGAAUUAGGUACCAAUAUCGGUCGCAGUGCCCAUAAUCACUAAUGUGAGAAUACUUUUGACUUAUAGUCAGCUAAAAAUUGAAAAACUUUCAGUAGGUGAAUUUGUUGUUUUUUACCUUUAUAAUAUUGAGAUUUUUGGAUAAAAUCUAUUAAGCUAGAAUCUAACAUGGGACACCAAAUUUUAUGACACUGAAUGCAAAUGAGCGAUAAACAAAAAUGGUAACUAAACUUUAUUGAUGAUU